GUCGUGUUCUUUCUAUACCAUCUUCAUCUGCAUCAACAUCUGGAUUCCUCGGUCUAUAACACACAUUAGCACUCUGCUCUCACUCACUGCGACGAACAAAUCCCAGCAUCAGCGCUUCCGCGAGACAGUUCUCUACAAAUCCCACAACACCAGUCAUCAAUCAUGUCGUCGCAUGUUGUCAUUAUCGGCGGUUCCUACGCAGGAGCCAAAGUUGCACACAAGGUCCUCAAGGAAACACCCAACUCCAAGGUCACUUUAAUCGAUGCCUCGGAUGUCUUCUACUUUAACAUUGCCUCGCCGCGAAUUAUCGCCAAGCCCAAGGAAGCCAAGGUCGACCAAUACUUGAUUCCCAUCAUGGACAAGUUCAAGCAUUAUCCCACCAACAGAUUCACUUUCGUACAAGGUCUUGUGAAUACGGUGGACACUUCCGCCAAGAUCGUGAAAGUCGAAGGAAAGCAGGAUAUCUCUUACGAUUAUCUGGUUGUCGCUUCUGGAUCUACAACUCCCGGAACUGUUGGCAAGGAAGCUAUUCCCUUCAAGACUACUGGAGCGGAUAUCCGCGAGAAGGUUGAGGAUGCUCAAAAAAGAGUAGCAGCCGCCGACAGUAUUGUCAUCAUCGGCGCAGGCCCUGUCGGAGUCGAAGCUGCUGGUGAGAUUGCACAAGCAUAUCCCAAGACCAAAGUCACUCUCAUCGCAUCCCACAAUCAAGUCCUUCCCGAUCUCAAGCCUUCUGCCGGAAAGUCAGCACAUGCCAGUCUGGAAAACCUGGGCGUCAAGAUCAUUUACUCUGUUCGUGUUGACGACAGCAAGCAAGAUCCCUCUGGCAGAUUUACCGUCACCCUCAACAACGGCAAGACUAUUGAAGCGGCACUUGUCAUUUCUGCAGCGGGAAACAUCGCAAACACUUCUUUCAUGCCCCGUGACGCACUCGACUCAGAUGGCUGGAUCAACGUCGACAAGAACAUGCGCGUCACCUCCGUCACCGACAAGUCCGUCUACGCUCUGGGUGACGCCACAAUGUACAAGCAGCGAUACGCACUUAAGAUCAACGACCAGAUCCCCGUCGUUGCCAACAACCUCAAGAACGCCAUCACAAACACUGGCGCCGUGAAGACCUAUGACGCUACUGACAAGCUCAUGGUCUUUGUGCCAAUUGGCAGCAAGACUGGUACUGGACAGAUUGGUGGAUGGGUGCCUUUCAGUUUCAUGGUUGCUUUCGCAAAAGGCAAAGAUUAUUUCAUGUCGAGAGCUGCUACUUUUAUUGCCGCAUAGAGUCUUGCGCUUGAGAUUUUCGGUGCUCGUUUUUUCUUGCUUCAUAGCGUGAGAUAUCCUGUCUGAUCUUGGUUGAUAUAUCCAAUAGCAUAAUAGAGUCUUUUCAUUACUUCAAGUCGAGUUUCCCGGCUUCUACUGCCCAGUCGCAAGUUGUCAUUGGAUUAUCCAGCGUUCGCGGUUCAC